CAGCAAGGCUUCGAAUCAAAAACACUCACUCCGCUGUUCUCAAGACAUAGUCACGCGACAAGGACCGCCAAACCCGACACCCGCCAUAAAAUAAGGGCAAAACUCUCAUAUACGUCUCAUAUGCGCGAGGCCAGUCUGUCUGCUGGAUGUGUAGUCGAACUCUAAGCGCAACGCAUCCGAGCUCGGAGGGCCUGUGACCAAGCUUCGAGUGCCUCUGUUUCGGUCUCGAGAAGAGCCGCGCACCAUGUCCCGGUACCACGACGAGACCGAGGAAAUUAUCAUCACCACCGGAGGAUCUAGCCGGCGGGAUGACGGGCGGAGUAAUGAGCUGAUUGUUCCAGUGAGGACACACCAUUCGAGAAGUCACAGUGGAUCCAGAUCCCCGCGUCCUGACCGAAGUCCGGAUCGACGGCCACGGCCAGGCUACAAACGACUGAUAGCAUGUUGCGAUGGUCUGUCGCUCACCUGAAUCUGCUUUAGACUUGCCGCUGAUUGGAUUGUCUCCAGGCACAUGGCUAAAUAGCGAUGAUGGCAUGCUCAAUGGGGAGCUUGCCGUGCCCAGCAACGUGACUAGGAUGUCCAGGGCUAUCAAGUCGCAAUCUAGAGACGGAAUCCCCCAAAUUGUGUACUAUCAUCGCGGCGUUGGAAGCCAGGGAGGGAUCGUGGACAGGGUGUUCAUGGGUGCUGUUGGGGAAGGUCUUGGUGACGCAGUGAGGGAAGCGUACUCUUUCAUUUCGACCAACUACACACCUGGAGAUGAGAUCUUCCUGAUCGGCUUUUCCCGAGGAGCGUUCACUGUUCGUGCCGUAGCUGGAAUGAUUGGGACCGUGGGGCUUCUUACAAAGAAAGGCCUCCCGUACUGGCCCGAGAUCUUCAAGGACGUAACACAUGCUCACGACAAGCAUUAUAGACCCAAGGAGCCCAAUUUGCCGUUUCCCAACAAGCCGCGCAUGGGCCCGGCGUACAGAGAAGAGUUGUGGCGGAGGGGAAUGACGGACCUUGACGCCAUGGUAAAGGCGAUCGGGGUUUUCGAUACCGUCGGUUCGCUUGGUCUGCCUCGCAUUGACCCGCUUGUCAAGAUUGGCCUGCAGAGAGAUCAAUCUAAGGAGAUGCGAUUUUAUGACACGAAGCUGGGACCGAACAUCGAAAACGCCUUUCAGGCGUUGGCCUUGGACGAGAAACGCGCGGCCUUCAGCCCCGCAGUGUGGGAGCGGCCUCCGGGCUGUCGAACGAAGCUGCGUCAAGUCUGGUUUCCCGGCGUGCACAGCAACGUCGGCGGCGGCUACGACGAUCAGGAGAUCGCCGACAUAACGCUCGCGUGGAUGAUGGCGCAGUUCAGCCCUUUCUUGGACAUGUACGACGACUACAUCAUUCAGCAGUGGGAGGAAAACCAAGCGUACUAUCGCGAAAGAAGGAAGAAGCCACGGCCGUGGAGCUUUGGGAAGAUAUACAAUUCGUCGACCGGGGUGUACGCGCUCGGAGGUAGCAAAACCCGCACGCCAGGCUGCUAUUAUGCCACGGAUCCGGAUACAGGCCAACCGACCGAUCGGCCGUUGGAGGACACAAAUGAGUACGUCCACCCCUCGGUGCGGACCAGGUUUGUGCUUCGCGGCCCGGGUGAAGAAGACAAAGGCGACUACCAGCCCGAGGCGUUGGACGAUUGGAAGCUGGUUGUCGAGUAUCCGGACGGAGAACGAGGCGCGCCGGAGAUCUAUUGGAAAGCCAGGUUCAAGGAUCGCAACGUGAGCACGAGGAUCCUGCCGGAAUGUCCGUUGUGGCGCGUAGAGCGCAGGCUGCUCGGCAUGGAUCCGGAGAUGGAGGAGGAAGUGAUGAAUCCGCCGCCGACGUCAAGGAGGCAGAGACGAAGUACUUUGGGUCCACCACCUUGAGAGAUGUCUGGCCUCGGCUCUCAUUUGGUGCUCAUUUCGAUGUCGUGUUCGCAUAAACAUCUCUGACCAAGGUAUUAAAAAUUCUUUUUUUUUAAAAAAAAAAUUCACGGUUUGGUUUUACUUUUUAAGGUCUCGCGAUAGAAAGGAU